AUGGGGCAUCAAGAGUACUCCUCAGAAUUCAAGAACCAAGUGGUUCAAUUCAUCAUUGGAAGGUGCGUCGGCAUUGUUCCUCCUCGCAGCACACUUAAGGAGGCACAACUCAAAUUCAGAAUCUUCCGUCAAACAUGUACACGAUGGUGGAAUGCUGCAAAGAAACAACAACAAAGAGGACAAUCAAUGCAAUUGGUAAGUCUAAAAAAAGUGAGAACUUACCCCAAAAGGUUGCAUCUUGAUGUUGAGGUACUCAAGAGUAUGCAUUUCUCAAAGAGAUGCAACCUCUUAAGUGUGGCAGCCGGUUUAGGUUGUUCAAAAGCCACAGUUUGGAGGUGGGUUAAGGCUGGACUAAUUAGGCCACACACAUCAGCCAUUAAGCCCGGCUUAACAGCUGCAAAUAAGUUGUUGAGACUGAGAUUCACAGUUGAAUCUUUACAGCUAGACAGGAUCUUGAACAAGAUCAAGUUCAGGAACAUGUACAACACCAUACACAUUGAUGAAAAGUGGUUCUACAUGACAAAAGGAGCUCAAAGAUUCUAUCUUGCUCCAGGAGAGGAAGAACCUCAUAGAACAUGUAAAAAUAAGCAGUUCAUAUCAAAAAUUAUGUUCAUGUGUGCAAUGUGUAGGCCCUUGUUUGGUGUUAAUGGUGAAGUCUUGUUUGAUGGAAAAAUUGGAAUUUUUCCAUUUACCAAACAAGUUCCUGCCAAAAGGUCAAGCAAGAACAGAAUGGCAGGCACUUUGGAGACAAAACCCAUAGAGAGUAUCACAAAAGAUGUGACCAGGGACUGCUUGAUCAACAAGGAAAUGUUUGCAUCUCUUUAA